AUGGAUAAACAAACUACUAGGAGAGCUCCAGUUACAACCAAUAUAAGGGUUGUACUAUUCACAAUAUUAAUAACAUCUAUAACCAUUAUAAUGUUAAUCAAAUUAGCUCCAUUCUCAGGAUGUCAUCACAAUCAUCAUAACCAUCAUGGUCAUCAUCACAACAAAGAUAAGCUUCAUACACCACAUCUUCCUGUAGUUAAUGCUACUGGUAGUGGUAGUACUACAGUUUCGAAUAGUCAAAGAAUCAUUGUUAUUGAUGAUAAUGAUGAUUUAGAAGAUGCUAUUGCCGGAUUAUCUUCUAUUGGUUCACUUUCUUAUAAAUCCAUUUUAACUACUCAUAUUAUCAAACGUGCCGAUGGUGAUAAUACUUCAACUCCAGCCACCCCAUCAGUAACAAGUGAAUCAACCCCCAUCUCAUCUACUGAAUCUUCAACCCAACCAACCACAUCUGAACAAACUACCACAUCUAGUGAAACCACAACCACUUCCCAUUCAGAAACCACCACAUCUUCAACAACUUCUUCAGAACAUACUACUACCACUUCUUCGGAACGCACUACAACAACCCUGUCAACAACUUCUUCUGAAGCUGAAGAAACUACUGAAUCUGAAACUUCUGAACCCGAAGAAACCUCAACAACUUCAACUACUUCAUCAACUACAUCUUCUCAAACAACUACUUCAGUUUCAAGAGUAGUUACUACCAUGAGUUCAGUUGAUAAUGGAAGAACUGUUAUUAUUACUCAAACUUCCACUAUUACAAACCCAACUCCUACUUCAUCUAGUAAUGAAGAUAAUAAUAAUAAUAGUAGUGGAUUAUCACAAACUAAUAGAAUUGUUGUUGGGGUUGUUGUUGGUGUUGGUGGUUCUAUUUUGAUUGGUAUUAUCGGAGUUUUAUUUUAUUUAAGAAAGAGAAAUAGUCGUGAUUAUGAAAAUGGUGGUUGGACUUUCUGGAGAAAGAAUGAAAAAGUUGGUAGUGAUGAAUUCUUUAAUGGUGAAUUAGGUGUUAGAGAUAGAAAUAUUAAUCAAGGGUCAAACUUUUAG